GUUGGAUCCAUCAUAAUGCUUCUACAUUUUACAGUAUGCCAUGGCCUCUACUGGCCAAAGGUUAAACUAUUGCUAUGUUUAUGCUAUACUAUGGGGUUGAGUCACUAGACUUUGACCAAAUUUAUUGCAUCCAAAGAUCAACUGUAAAGUACCUAGAACAUAGAUAGAGAGCCACUUGUCAUCCAGAAGGUGCCUCAAUGUCUUGACAUGUUCUGGUUGUGAUUUAUUUCAGGCUACAAGGGGUCAGUGAUCUAAAAUGAGUCUCUCUGGGGAGAGAGAGGAGGGGGCCCCUACAUCUAAAAUGAGUCUCUCUGGGGAACAUGACAGGAAAGCUAUGAGUCCAAUCAAGCAGGAGAGACCAGCCUUCCCUGUACCCAGCUGUGUGUCCAUGAAGAGUGAUCGGUCUAUGCGUCAACCUAUAGUGUUUAGAGAGGGAGACUUUUCACCUGAACAAAGUCCAAUCAAGCAGGAGAGACCAGCCUUCCCUGUACCCAGCUGUGUGUCCAUGAAGAGUGAUCGGUCUAUGCGUCAACCUAUAGUGUUUAGAGAGGGAGACUUUUCACCUGAACAAAGAAACCAACAGGAUCGAUCAGAGAUUUUCAGUGGUCAGUCUUCCCAGAGUCAUCAAACAGACCUGGCCUCCAUAUUCAGUUUGCUUGAAGAGAAUAUUAUGACAUUUGUGAAGAAUGAGCUGACAAUGUUCAAGAGGAUUCUUAGUCCAGGAAUCCCAGAAGGCUUUGAGAGUCAGAAGCAGGAUAAGGAAGUGGUGGACGCUGAAGAUGAGAAGCAGGAGAGCAGUGCCAGAGAGGGGGCUCUGAAGAUCACAUUGCACAUCCUGAGGAAAAUGAACCAGAAGGAGCUUGCUGACACACUGGAGAAAAAUGAGCUUGCUGUGAUAUACAAACGUGAACUCAAAUCUAAUCUAAAGAAGAAGUUUCAAUGUGUAUUUGAGGGUAUCGCUAAACAAGGAAACCCAACACUUCUCAAUAAGAUCUACACAGAGCUCUACAUCACAGAGGGUGGAAAAGGAGAGGUCAAUAAUGAACAUGAGCUGAGACAGAUUGAGACAACAACCAGGAAACAAGCAAGACCAGAGACUCCAAUCAAAUGUAACAACAUCUUCAAACCCUUAACUGGACAAGACAAACUUAUCAGAACUGUGCUGACAAAGGGAGUUGCUGGCAUUGGAAAAACAGUCUCUGUGCAGAAGUUCAUCCUGGACUGGGCUGAAGGAAAAGCAAAUCAGGAUGUUCAAUUUGUAUUUUCAUUCCCUUUUCGGGAGCUGAAUUUAAUAAAAGGGAAAAAACACACUUUAAUUGAACUUCUCAAUCACUUCUCAAUGGAAACCAAACAAUCAAGGAUCUCCAAUUAUGACAAGUACAAAGUUCUGUUCAUCUUUGAUGGUUUGGAUGAGUGCCGACUGCCCCUAGACUUCCAGAAGAACAAGAUCUGUUGUGACGUCACAAAGUCAACCUCAGUAGAUGUUCUAUUGACAAAUCUCAUCAAGGGAAAUCUGCUUCCCUCUGCUCUUCUCUGGAUAACUACCCGACCUGCAGCAGCCAGCAAGAUCCCUUCGGGUUGUGUUGACCAGGUGACAGAGGUACGAGGGUUCAAUGACCCACAGAAGGAGGAGUACUUUAGAAAGAGAUUCAGUGAUGAGGAUCUGGCCAGCAGAAUCAUCUCGCACAUAAAGACAUCAAGGAGCCUCCACAUCAUGUGCCACAUUCCAGUAUUCUGUUGGAUUUCUGCAAUAGUCCUUGAACAUAUGCUGAAACAUAAGAGAGAAGAGAUGCCCAAGACUCUGACUGAGAUGUACACACACCUUGUGGUGUUUCAGACCAAACAAAAGAAUGGCAAGUAUCUUGGGAAAGAAGAGACCGAUCCACACUGGAAUAAAGAGAGCAUUCUGUCACUGGGAAAACUGGCUUUUCAACAGCUUGUGAAGGGAAAUAUAAUGUUCUAUGAAGAAGACCUGAAAGAGGCUGGCAUUGAUGUCAAUGAAGCCUCAGUGUACUCAGGAUUGUGCACACAGCUCUUUAAAGAUGAAUGUGGGCUGUACCAGGACAAGGUGUACUGCUUCGUACAUCUGAGCAUUCAGGAGUUUCUGGCUGCUGUAUAUGUGUUCCUCUCAUUCAUUAACAACAAUGAAAAUCUAAUGGUCAAACCUCAAUCAAUGCCCAGUAACUUUUUUGCGCUGUUCAGAAACAAGCAUGACGUUACUUUCUACAAGAGUGCUGUGGAUAAAGCAUUACAAAAUGAGACGGGAAACCUGGACCUUUUCCUCCGCUUCCUUCUGGGCCUCUCACUGGAGUCCAAUCAGAAGCACUUACGAGGUCUACUGACAAAGACAAGAAGCAGCUCACAAUGCCAUGAAGAAACAGUCAAGUACAUCAAGGAGAAGAUCAGGGAGAAUCCCUCUCCAGAGAGGUGCAUCAAUCUGUUCCAUUGUCUGAAUGAACUGAAUGACCAUUCUCUAGUGGAGGAGAUCCAAAGCUACCUGAGAUCUGGAAGUGUCUCCUGUGAAGAACUCUCACCUGCACAGUGGUCAGCUCUGAUCUUUGUGUUGCUGACUUCAGAAAAGGAGCUGGAUGUGUUUGACCUGAAAAAAUACUCCAGAUCAAAGGAAGGUGUUCUGAUGCUACUGCCAGUGGUCAAAGCAUCCAAAGCUGCUCUGCUGUCUGGCUGUGGAGUCACAGAGGAAAGCUGUACUUCUCUGGCUUCAGCUCUGAAGUCAAACCCCUCACACCUGAGAGUUCUGGAUCUGAGUAACAAUGACCUGAAGGAUUCAGGAGUGAAGCUGCUCUCUGCUGGCCUGGGGAAUCCCCGCUGUAAACUGGAGACUCUGAGGUUGUCAGCCUGUCAAGUCACAGAGGAAAGCUGUGCUUCUCUGGUCUCAGCUCUGAGGUCAAACCAAUCACACCUGAGAAGCCUGAAUCUGAGUAACAAUGACCUGAAGGAUUCAGGAGUGAAGCUGCUCUCUGCUGGACUGGGGAAUCCCCACUGUAAACUGGAAAGUCUAAGGUUGUCAGCCUGUCUAGUCACAGAGGAAGGCUGUUCUUCUCUGGUCUCUGCUCUGAGGUCAAAUCCCUCACACCUGAGAGAGCUGGAUCUGAGUAGCAAUGACCUGAAGGAUUCAGGAGUGAAGCUUCUCUCUGCUGGACUGGGGAAUCCUCACUGUAAACUGGAGACUCUGAGGCUGCCAGGCUGUCUAAUCACACAGGAAGGGUGUUCUUCUCUGGUCUCAGCUCUGAGGUCAAACCCCUCACACCUGAGAGAGCUGGAUCUGAGUAACAAUGACCUGAAGGAUUCAGGAGUGAAGCUGCUCUCUGCUGGACUGGGGAAUCCCCAUUGUAAACUGGAGACUCUGAGGCUGUCAGGCUGUCUAGUCACAGAGGAAGGCUGUGGUUCUCUGGUCUCAGCUUUGAGGUCAAACCCCUCACACCUGAGAGAACUGGACCUGAGCUACAAUCACCCAGGAGACUCAGGAGUCAGACUGCUCUCUGCUGGACUGGAGGAUCCACACUGCAGACUGGAGAAACUCAAUGUGGAACAUUGUGGAGAGAAGACAAUGAAACCUGGGCUUAGAAAAUAUGCCUGUGAUCUCACUCUGGACCCAAACACAGUAAACAGAUACCUCUCUCUGUCUGAGGGGAACAGAAAGGUGACAUGGAGUACAAAGGACCAGCCGUAUCCUGAUCACCCAGAGAGGUUUGAGGUCUGGGAACAGGAGCUGUGUAGAGAGGGUCUGACUGGGCGCUGUUACUGGGAGGCAGAGUGGAGUGGGAUAGGGGCUGAUAUGGGAGUGACAUAUAACGGAAUCAUCAGGAGAGGAAGGGGUAAUGAUAGUAGGCUUGGAUGGAAUGACAAGUCCUGGAGUCUGGACUGCUCUAACAACAGUUACAGAGCCUGGCACAAUAAUAAUACCACUACCAUAGACAUCCCAUCCUCCAGCUCCCACAGAGUAGGAGUGUAUCUGGACUGGCCAGCCGGCACUCUGUCCUUCUACAGAGUCUCCUCUGACACACUGACACACCUGUACACAUUCCACACCACAUUCACUGAGCCCCUCUAUCCAGGUUUUUAUGUUUGGUAUGACUCCUCAGUGUCCCUGUGUCAGGUGGUCCCUGUGUCAAACACAACAUGAUGUUUCACUCUAAUGGUCAUGUUCAGUAAGACACACUGGAGCAACAAUGUAGAAUAGCUCUCUAGUGUGUAAACAUAUGAUUGUAAACAUUAAUUAACACACACCAUUGAAAUUGACAGACAUUGCCAACUAGAGUCAUUCAUUAAUGUAAUUAAUCACCACAUUGUGUUGUAACACUUGUUUUCAUUUAGAAAUCAUUGAUCUUCUUGAUAUUGGACUUCUUGGUGUUUGGAAAUAUUGUUGUCUGUAGACUGUUUAUUUUUCAAAUUCUUGACACAACAAUCUUGUUUCUGAAUAAACUACAGUGCCUUGCGAAAGUAUUCGGCCCCCUUGAACUUUGCGACCUUUUGCCACAUUUCAGGCUUCAAACGUAAAGAUAUAAAACUGUAUU